AUUAUUUUAUUUGAUCGAAUUAAUUUUACAUCAAAACGAUUGAUCGUUAUUUUACCUAUUAAUGAACAGAGGAAGAAUUUUUUAACAUAAACAAGAUAUGAAUACUUGCGGAAAAUGCCCUUCAAAUCAGAAUAAAAAACCUAAAAUGAAAAAUCCUGCUGAACAUGACCCUAAAGAAUGCGGUCACAGGUUGAAGGGCAGAUUGAUUCACCAGAAAAAGAAGAAUCCAAAGGAAUCGAAGAAAUUGGUAAUAGUUUAUGACAACGAUCAAGUGAGGGAUCUGGUUGUACCUGAAAGGAAUCCAACAGAUUUGGCAGGAAUAUGGCCAAAAAGUGAAUUCAAUAGACUGCAGAAACAGUCUCGAGUGAUGACCAUAGAAGAAAAGAAGGCUAUGAUAGAAGAGAUGGAAAGAAAGAAGAGAGAAGAGAUGAGAGCCUCCGAAAUGAGAAAGGAGGAUUUGGCGAAGGCUCAAGUUCAUCAAGAUCCACAUGUAGGAAGCAAACUAGACAAUGUCGAGCUAGACGCUCAAAAGAAAAGCGAGUACCUUCUGGAAAGAUCGCACGAGCUCCUCAACGAACAAGACGAUAGAGUCAAGGUUGCCAACUGCAUUAUACUCGCCACCAAGUGUAGAGCCAUCAGAAACGCUCAGAUUAUGGAGAAAGAGUUGAUCAAGAAGCAGCUGCAACAAGAAGAACGGAGGUUGGACGACAUGAUGGAGCAGGCUAGGCAGAGGGCGCUCAGAGAAGACGAGAAGAAGGCGGAGCUAGAAGAACACAAGAACAAGAGGUAUGGCAGAGAGAUCAAGCAGCAGAUCAAAGACAACGAGGUCGAGAAACUCCUGGAAGCUGAAAAGAUCGAGGAGGAAAGCAGACUGCUGAACAGGGCUUUGAUAGCUAUGAGGAAGGAGGAGGAAGAGAAGGUUAAGGAGCACAAGGAGCACCAGAAGAGGGUCAGGGAGGAACUGCACCAAGCCAACCUGGACCUGGAAAGGUACAAACUGGUCCAGAAGGAGGAACAGAGGAUAGCCGACUUGAGGAUCCAAGAGUUCAUGCGCCAAAAGGCGGCCAGGGAGGAGGCCAGAGAGGCCGAACUGGCCAUGAUCAAGGCCGCCAAGGAGAAGGAGAUCGCCAGGUUAAGGGCCCAACAACAGAGGGCCCAAGACAAGCAGGCUCUGAUGGACGAGAUGCAAGCGAUCCGGAUACAAGAGGAGGUGGAGAGAGCAUGGAGAGAGAAAGAGAAACAGGCAGCUAUAAAGAAGGCAGAAGAUAUCCAGGCGUUGCACGAGGCUAGGUCGAGGCAGAUAUCGGACAUCAGAACUGCACAGGCCAUCGCCAUAGCUCGAGAUGAGGAUGCGUUCCACAAGGUGGCAAAGGUCCAACAAGAACUCUUUGAGAAAGACCAAACGAAGAGAGCUCAACGUAAAGAUAUGAAUUUCAAACACAGAAAAGACAUUUUGAAACAAAUAAACGACAAAGAAAGAGAGAGAAUAAAUCAUUUGAAAGAGAAGUUCGAAGAUGGCAGGGCUUUCAGGCUGAAUCAAGAGUUACACGAUAACCAAAUUUCCGAGUACAUCAAGACCAAGGUCUCUAGACUGAGAACGGAAGCACUUCCCGAUCGUUACAUAACAGAUAUAGAGAGACAACUAAAAUUACGAGAAUGACAGGAAUAUUUGUAUUUUUUUCAUAUUAUUAAUAAAAUUGAUUAUUUAAAA